AUGUCGCGGUCCAGCAGCAUAAUGGAGGAAGGAAAAGUUGCUCCUUUCUCCAAGGACAUGGAUUUACGAGCUGUCCAGUCUUCUGGAGCAUCGAUAUCUUCCUCACCUGCUGAGGUGACAGAGGAUCAUAGAAGUAAUCAGUUGGUGCUUUAUGAUUCUAAGGGGAAUGAUACUGAAGAAGAAGAAGAAGUCCUACCUAUCCAAUCUCAUCCUCCUUCAUCCAAAAGAGAGUCACCUUCCAUUGGGGCUUUUACGGUCCAAUGUGCCAGUUGUUUCAAAUGGAGGCUCAUGCCUUCGAUGGAGAAGUAUGAAGAGAUUAGGGAACAACUUCUAGAGAACCCUUUCUUCUGCGAAACAGCUCGUGAGUGGAAACCAAAUAUGUCUUGUGAUGUUCCUGAAGAUAUUUCUCAAGAUGGAACCCGUCUCUGGGCUAUCGAUAAGCCUAGCAUUGCUCGCCCACCUGCUGGCUGGCAACGUCUACUGCGGAUUAGAGGUGAAGGAGGUACCAGAUUUGCUGAUGUUUAUUAUGUUGCUCCGUCAGGAAAGAAGCUUCGAUCAACUGUGGAGGUCCAAAAGUACUUGAACGACCACCCACAAUACACAAGAGAAGGGGUGAAGCUUUCACAGUUCUCGUUCCAAAUCCCAAAACCGCUGCAGGACAACUAUGUGAGGAAGCGCCCUCGACUAAUGGAAUCCAGCGAUAAUGCAAACACCCCUGCAGCUACUGAAGCUAAUCCACUGACAUGGAUAUCCCCAGAUGACCAUACAACGUUGCAGCUAGGUAAGCCAACUGAGCCAAGACUUUACGAUUCACAUCAUCCAUCCUCGUAA